CCAGCGCGCCCGCGGAGCUGCACUGCCUGGCGGCUCCAGUCCUGCCCCGGGCUGCUGCGUCACCUUCGGCCGGCCACAUUCCCCCCCCCCCGCCGCCUGUCACGGCCGCGGCGGGCGCUCUGUGGGGCAGGGGCGCUCUCUCCACCCCGCCGGGCCGGGCUCCGCAGCAGCCAAUGAGCUUCCCCGCCGGGGAGCGCCAAUGGGCUCACCUCCACCUGCCUCCUGCCCAGCCGCGAGGUACGCGGCCGGGCAGGCUGGAGAAAGCGAGGCGGGCGGGCCAAAGCAAGUGUCUAUUGAAACGCAUCCGCCGCGCGGCCUGUCUCGGCCGCCCCGGAGGGACGGAGAGGGGCAGGGCGGCUUCUCCGGCGGAUGUUGCCCGAAUGGCCAGUUAAGGAGCGGCUGGGAGGCUCACCUGCAAAGCGGGCGGGCGGGCGCCUGAAGGUCUGCCCCGGCCUCUGCCGGCGGCGCUGGCAGCAGCAGCCUGUUGCAUUGGCCGCGGGAGUUCCCCUGGGAGCCGGCUACCUGCGCUCUCCGCCCCGCAGGGACACUCGCCACGGCUCCCCCUUGCAGGCGCGGGCCCUAGGGCGGAGGGAGCCCCGCCGCCGCCCCUCGCAGAUUCCCGCCAGACUAACACGGCUGCUACUCUGAAACCUUAAUGACCUAAGUGAUGGUUGCUUGAUCCAUCAAGAACUGCAGGAAGGGGGCACGCUGGACAUAAGCUCUUUCGUGGCGUUAGCCUUAUUUCCAGUGCUGUGAUCGAGCCGCGCCGCGAGCGCCCCGGGGACUUCCCUGCCUCGCACGUGGUCGCAGCUCGGGUGAGCCGAGCCGGAGCAGGGAGCGGCUGCCUCCUGCCCCGGCGGCGGUGGCUGAGCGCUGGGAGAAGAUGGCUGACAGCACCGCGACCACGGGCUCCUUGUGGAAAGCGCUGACCAGAAGCAGGAAAAAAGCCAAAGAGGGGCUGGUGGCCGGAGCGCCGCCGCCCCCGCCUGAGCCCGCCCUCCCGCCGGCGCCCCCCGGCCCGGACUCUCGGGAGAACCAGCAGCCCAAUUUCAGCAGCAGCGAGCCCAAAUUGGGCGAGAAGCCCGGCGGCGGCAGCCGCAGGAACCUGAAGAUCUCCCGCUCCGGCCGCUUCAAGGAGAAGCUCAAGGUGCGAGCCCCUCUGCUGGCCGAGAGCCCCAAGCUGUUCGAGGGCAGCGCGCCCAGCCACGCCAGCGAGGAGAGGCAAUAGCUGAGGCUGUGCGCUGCCCUCCGGCCGCCGGCUGACCGAGACUGGCCCCUGCAGCCGGUCUCCCAGCUCUCACUCUUCCACCACCCAAGGAGCCCUGACUCCGUGUGGGCUAGAGGAGGAGACACCUGCUGCUUUGGAAACGCCUUGGGUGCCUCUCGUCGCUAGGAGGAGGCCAUCUGUCCCCGGGGGGGGGCGGUGACCCCGCUGUAACCAGGCCAGGGACGAACCUUUCUCUCGUUUGGAUUCCGAAUUUUGGGAACAAAAAUAAUCCCAGCGCCGUGUGUCUCUGUUCCUGGCUGCUGCACUUUGGACUGGAGUAUCACCCUCGCUGGCUGGAGUUGACAAGUGCUGCCCUGCUGCUUAUUUUAGGGGGGAGGGCGGGGGAUACCUUUCUUGAUCACAAAUAGCUCAAGCAAAUGGGGAUGAGUUUUAAUUAUGAAAUAAAGAUGAAGUGUAAAUGCA